CGGUAACUCAGCACCGGAAGUUAGAGAUCGUGUCUAUUUUUUCCUGCCACCUGUCCGAGUCAGUCCAGAGAGUCACAUUUACACAAUCAGAGCAGCAGCAACAAAAGAAAAGUAGAACAUUACAAAGAAGUAAAGGAAAGAAAGGAGGGCAGAGAAAGGGGGAAAAAUGAAGUCUAUUUUUUAUUUGCCUCCAGUUUUGCUCACUUUCAUUCUGUCAGGAUGCAGCGGCAGGAACGAGGAGGAACGUCUCAUCAAACACCUGAUGAAGGGAUACAACAAAGAACUGCGUCCAGUGCAAAAUAAAGAUGAGACGGUGCCGAUCUAUCUCUCACUGACGCUCUCCAACCUCAUCUCUCUGGACGAAGUCAGUGAGACUUUACUGACCAAUGUGUGGAUGGAUCACGGCUGGACCGACCCCAGACUUGCAUGGAACGAGUCCGAGUUUGAUGACAUCUCUAUCGUUCGUCUGCCUUCCCGCAUGGUUUGGCUUCCCGAGAUCGUGUUGGAGAACAAUAAUGAUGCCCAGUUCGAAGUGGCGUAUUACUGUAACGUGUUGGUGUAUCCCAGUGGCUUUGUGUACUGGCUUCCUCCUGCCAUCUUCCGUAGUUCUUGUUCCAUCAACGUCUACUAUUUUCCUUUCGACUGGCAAAACUGCAGCCUAAAGUUCAGCUCUUUAACCUACAAUGCCAAAGAGAUCAGCUUGAAUUUAAAAGAAGAUAUGGAUGAGGAAACGCAGAAGAUGUUCCCCAUGGAGUGGAUCGUCAUCGACCCUGCAGAAUUCAAAGAGAAUGGUGAGUGGGAGAUUGUUCACAGACCUGCCAGGAGAAACAUCUACAAGCACAUCCCUUUGGACAGCAACAAGCACCAGGACAUCACCUUCUACCUCAUCAUCAAACGCAAGCCUCUGUUUUACAUCGUCAACAUCAUCAUCCCCUGUGUGCUGAUCUCCUUCCUGGCCUCGCUGGUGUACUACCUGCCUGCAGACAGUGGUGAGAAAAUGACGCUGUCCAUCUCAGUACUCUUGGCCCAGUCUGUAUUCCUGCUCCUGAUAUCGCAGCGUUUACCCGAGACCUCCAUGGCUGUUCCGCUGAUCGUUAAGUACCUGAUGUUCAUCAUGGUCUUGGUCACUGUGGUGGUGUUGAACUGUGUUGUCGUGUUGAACCUCCACUUCAGGACCCCCAGCACACAUGUCAUGUCUGAGUGGACCAAAGAGUUCUUCCUGGAGAAGCUUCCUCGUUUCCUCCACAUGUCCCGUCCGGCUGAGAGCGAGCUGCAGUGGGAGGGAGCUUUGACCAGACGCUCCAGUUCUGUGGGUUACAUUGCCAAAGCCGAGGAAUAUUACAGCGUCAAGUCCCGAAGUGAACUGAUGUUCGAGAAGCAGUCGCAGAGACACGGCCUGACAACCAGGCCCACGCCCACCGCUGUGUUUAACUCUAGCAACGAGUCCGACGUGACCGAUCAGCUGUUUAACGAGCUGAAGCCGGCUGUGGAAGGAGCGAACUACAUCGUCAAGCACAUGCGAGACAAAAACGACUAUAGCGAGGAGAAGGAUAACUGGAGUGGAAUUGCCAGGACGGUGGACCGCCUCUGUUUCUACAUCGUGACUCCCAUCAUGACCAUUGGAACCAUUUUCAUCUUCCUGAUGGGAAACUACAACCAUCCUCCUCCUCUUCCGUUCGAGGGAGACUCGUUCACUUACAGAGAGGAAGACCGACGCUUUAUAUGAUUCAGCAGCGACACUGAGUAAUUGUUUGCUUUUAGUUUUGUGUGAUUAAACUUUACUAGAGUUUUCUCAGCGUACUCUAUCUAAUGUUUGUUGUAGAAUUGAACAUGAAAUAAACAGAUCUGGAAUUUA